AUGAUCGAGCCUACUGCUACUAUCUCGCCUCUGGGUCGCUCAGACGGCUCCGCAGUCUAUACCUGCCCAGCUACCGGUUUCCAAAUCCUAGGAUCUGUCAACGGCCCAAUCGAACUUCCUGCCCGUCGCGACGCCCAGAAACCGGAAGAGGCCACAAUCGAGGUUCUAGUGAAGCCUGCCACUUCCCAGAGUGCAAUUGGAGAAAGAUAUGUGGAGAAUAUAUUGAAGGCCCUGUUGGGCAAAAUCAUCCUUGGGAGGGAAAAAGGUUUCGCAAGGCGGGGUAUUGUGGUUACUCUGCUCAUUCAAGGGAGCUCCAGUGGAGGCAAAUUAGAGAGAGGAGAUUCUUACUUGUCUACACUACCUGCGCUCCUCCACGCAGCACUUCUUGCUCUGCUAUCCGCCGCUAUACCAUUGUCAAUGACAUACACAUCCACCAUUCUAGCUGUCGACUUUUCGAAUCAAAUUAUCCGCGAACCUUCUCUCAACGAUUGCGCAAAAGCAAAGUCACAGCAUGUCCUUGCAUUCUCUUCAAAGGGCCACCUGCUCUUAAAUGAAAGUCAAGGAUCUUUCGACUUUGAUACCUGGAAUCGUGUCUACGAGCAGGCGCUGUCCAUUUGCCGGGAGUCGGAAGUCGCGGGUCAGGAUGGUGAUGUCUCCAUGGAGGCGAAACAGCGUUUAGAAAAAUUUGUCAGAGAAACAGUCGAACACAAGAUUGCCUCGGAUUACUCAUGGUCCGACAUGGCGGCUUGA